AUGGCAUCAGUUCAAGUUGGUCCCCUCGAAACAGGUCAUCCUCCCAUGGUACAAGAACGCGAUCGAAUAGCGAACGGCUUUAACAAUGCACCAUCGCUACCCGUUCGCUUGAUUUGUGAAGCGGUUGGUACAUGCUGUUUUGUCCUUUUUGACGCUGGCUGUGCAACAAAAUCAGGAUCUGGUCUAUUAGCAAUCUCUACUGCUCAUGGCAUUGUUACAAUCUGGCUUGUAUACGUAUUUGGAUCGGUCUCCGGUGCCCAUUUCAAUGCUGCAGCCACCAUUGCUUUUACAAUAAAUCGUCAAAUGAAAAUACUUGAUGCAUGA